AUGGAGAAGAAUUCACCCAAGCCUGCACUGAAACACCCAGCAAUUGGUAUCGACUUGGGCACCACUAAAUCCUGCGUGGGCCUCUUCCGAGAGGGCAAGGUGGAAAUAAUUGGCAACAACCAGGGCAUCCGCACCACGCCCAGCUGUGUGGCCUUCACUGAGACGGGGAGGUUGAUAGGGGAUGAGGCAAAGAACCAGGCAGCCCUCAACUCUCCUAACAUCAUAUUCAGUGCCAAGCGCUUGAUUGGCCGAACAUCUGAAGACCCUGUUGUGCAGGCAGAUGCGGAGUUCUGGCCCUUCCAGAUAGUGAAAGCUGAAGGAAAGCCCCAGGUGCAGGUGUCCUACAAGGGAAAGGAGAAGGUUUUCUAUCCAGAGGAGAUUUCUGCCAUGGUGCUGGGCAACUUGAAGGAGAUGGCUGAGGACUACCUGGGCCACCCCAUCACCCAUGCCAUUGUUACUGUGCCAGCCCACUUCAAUGACUCCCAGCGCCAGGCCACCAAAGACGCUGGGGAGAUCGCCGGCCUCAAUGUGCUGAGGAUCCUCAGUGAGACUACAGCUGCCGCCCUGGCCUACAGCCUAGACAACCCUAGCAAUGGAGAACACAACGUGCUUAUCUUUGACCUGGGUGGAGGAACCUUCAAUGUCUCUGUCCUCACCACUGAUGGGGGCAUCCUCGAGGUGAAGGCCACCUCUGGGGACACCCAUCUGGGAGGGGAUGAUUUUGACAACUGCCUGGUGAGCUUCUUCAUAGACGAAUUCCUAAAGAAACAUCAGGAGAACAUCAGCAAGGACAGGAGGGCCGUGUGGAGGCUCAGGAGGGCUUGCGAGGCAGCCAAACGCACCCUGUCCUCCAACAUCAAAGCCAGUAUCGACUUGUACUGCCUGUACAAAGGGAUCGAUUUCCACGCAGACAUCACCCGGGCCCAAUUCGAGGAGCUGUGUGCUGACCUCUUCCGAGGGACCCUGAAGCCCGUGGAGAGGGCGCUGCAGGAUGCAAAUCUGAGCCAGGCCCAGAUCCAUGAUGUUGUCCUGGUGGGCGCCUCCACCCGCAUCCCCAAGAUCCAGGAACUGCUGCAGGAUUUCUUUGGUGGCCGGCAGCUGAACAAAAGCCUCAACCCGGAUGAAGCUGUCGCCUAUGGGGCAGCUGUUCAAGCCGCCAUCCUGAUCGGAGAGAGGUCAGAGGUCACGAGGGGCCUACUUGCCCUGGAUGUGGUGUCCAUGUCUCUGGGGAUUGAGACGGAUGCAGGGAAGAUGCACACCCUGAUCAGACGCAACACUGCCAUCCCCGCGGUGGUAACUCGGACCUUCACCACCUUCAAUGACCAUCAGCCUGACCUACUCAUCCGUGCCUAUGAGGGGGAGAGAGCUACCGCCAAGGAGAACCACCUGCUUGGCCGUUUCCUUUUGAAGGGCAUUUCCCCUGCCCCCCGUGGCAUGGUCUUGGUGGAGGCGACCUUCUAUAUUAACACAGAUGGUAUCCUGACUGUGUUUGCCGUGGACAAAGUCGCCGGCAAUGCCAACCCCAUCGCUGUGGAUGCCAACAAGGGGCGACUGAGCAGAGAGGAGAUACAGACGUUAGCGGCGGAGGCUGAGAAAUACCGAGCUGAGGACAGGGCACAGAAAUGGAAAUUGGCCACCAAGAACUACCUUCAGUCCUGCGCUUUCAGUGUGAAGCGGACCUCGGAAGAUAUCCUUAACUACUUCACCUUGCAGGCCAAGAAGAAGGUGAUGGAGAAAUGUCAGCUGGCCUUCUCCUGGCAGUCCAACUGGAUGGCUGAAGAGGAGGAGAUCAGGCCCUAUGAAAAUGGUCUCGGGGAACUCCCUCCCAGGACUUAAACGCCUCAGUAACAGCACCACGGGCAUCAACAGAACAAAACCAAACAAGUUUGUGGUCACCAC